AUGGAGCAGAACCAGGACCCGGAGGACUCCAGUAGACCAGCAGCAGGCUCUGAUAGCACCGAUGUUCAGGCAGCCAAUGAGAAGCUGCGGGGGGCGGGGCAUAGAGUCACCCAGCAACACAACAGAGUCCUCUUCAAACGGAAACCAGGACCAGGACCGGCAGCACACAGCGGAAUGGAGCAGAACCAGGACCCGGAGGACUCCAGUAGACCAGCAGCAGGCUCUGAUAGCACCGAUGUUCAGGAAGGAAGAGAGAGACUCAAACGGCACCACUGUCAGCUCUGUGACAAAACCUACUCAACAGCUGGAAGUUUAAAACUUCAUCUCCGCAUCCAUACUGGAGAGAGACCUUACAGCUGUGACCAAUGUGUGAAAACUUUCCAUCAGAAACACCACCUGAGAGAUCAUCAACGCAUCCACACUGGAGAGAAACCCUACGGCUGUGACCAGUGUGGGAAUGCUUUCAGUCGACUACAGAAACUGAGAAGUCAUCAACGCAUCCACACUGGAGAGAAACCUUACAACUGUGACCAGUGUGGGACUGCUUUCAGUCAACUACAGCGCCUGAGAAGUCAUCAACGCAUCCACACUGGAGAGAAACCUUACAGCUGUGACCACUGUGGGACUGCUUUCAGUCAACUACAGCGCCUGAGAAGUCAUCAACGCAUCCACACUGGAGAGAAACCUUACAGCUGUGACCACUGUGGGAAUGCUUUCAGUCAACUACAGAGCCUGAGACGUCAUCAACGCAUCCACACUGGAGAGAAACCUUACAGCUGUGACAAGUGUGGGAAUGGUUUCAGUCAACUACACCACCUGAAACGUCAUCAACGCAUCCAUACUGGAGAGAAACCUUACAGCUGUGACCAGUGCGGGAAUGCUUUCAGUCGACUACAGAGCCUGAGAAGUCAUCAACGCAUCCAUACUGGAGAGAAACCUUACAGCUGUGACCAAUGUGGAAAAACUUUUUCUCACAGUGUUAGCCUUGAAUACCACCGACGCAUCCACACUGGAGAGAAGCCGUACUGGUGUGACCAAUGUGGGAAAACCUUUUCUCAGAGUUCUCACCUUGAAGACCACCGACGCAUUCACACUGGAGAGAAGCCGUACUGGUGUGACCAAUGCGGGAAAACCUUUUCUCGGAGUUCUCACCUUAAAAGACACCAACGGGUUCACACUGGAGAGAAACCCUAGUGGUGAGACGAAGGCAGGAAAAUUUUUUCUCUGAGUGGUAGUUUUUUAGAAAAGAUAAAAGUUGUUAGAGCAUUAUUAGUAGCCUUUUUUCUUUUUAAUAUCCACAUCAUAAGAUUGUCUUAUGCCUUCAAUAAAAACAGAUUGCUCAUUGUGCUGUCGGAUUAAAGUUCCCGGUGUUGGUCUGUUCUCUUAAAGCCUCAUGCGACUCCCUCACUGUCACAGGUAGGAAACUCUUUGGGAUAGGCUCAAUGUUUUAUGUGAAACUUUUGAUGCUGAACUGAACAUUUUUACCGUUGAAUUAAACGGAAAAUGUCCAGCUGGAAACCACAUCAUCCCUCAAAUUGUUCUUUGUCCUGAAUAAAUGAACCAAGAGAGGAGAUGGAACAGCAGCUCAUGCAUGUCUAAAGCAUUUUUUUUGUGUAU